GUUGUGUCACGUGAUCUGUGUUUGCAUUUCCUGGCGGUCGAUUUCGAGUUGUGAGUUAGCUCUGCGGGCUAGCUUUGUUGUUCUAACGUUGCUCUUCGAGAAUUCAGCCACAAUGGACGGCUGUAAACAGCUGGAAGGCGUUUUACAAGAUAAGGAAACUGGAGCAUUCAGUGGCUGCUCACCUGCCACCAUCCCAGAUACUGUAACAGCUGUCGAUUUAGUGAGGAUGAAAGAGACCAUCUCAAACCAAUGUUUUGAAAUGAUGGUACAGGCCAACUUGGGCAGUAAUAAAAAACUGGUUGGUGAUGAUGCAGAUGUAUCAAUGUAUGAGGAGGGACUGGAAGAAGAAAGAACACAACUCUUCAACCAAACGCUGGCAUUGAACAGGAUGCAAAUCUGGAACAGCAUCACUGCCAAGCUAAUCCAGAAUGAUGAAAGUUCAGAGGAAAUUAAGAUGCUGGCUCAACACAGUGUAAGCCAAUUUGCAAGAAUACGAAAACUUCAACAGGAGUCCCGUGAACUUCAGGACCAAAUCAUAGAUCUACAGAAAGAGAGGCUUGACCUGAAAGUGCUGAUUAAGAAGAAGAUGCAGGAGAUGGAUGAGCUUCAAAAGAUGAGAGAGAAUCAGGGUGAGGUGGAGAGACGCACCAUGGAGAAAGCUGACACAGUUAUGGAGAAGCAUCAGAAGGUCAUCGCUGUAUCACAGAACAUUUUAAGGGGGAUAAUCCUUGCCACCAGAGUGAACUGGAUGGAUAAUCCAAAGUUAAGAGAUAUUGCAAUGGGGUUGGAGAGCAUUCCAAAUUGAGGAAACAAGUGGAAACCCAUAGAAGACAACAACAUAUGUUGUGUGUGUGUGUAUUUAUAUAUAUAUAUAUAUAUAU